CUGUGUUGAGGAAUAGUAUUUUCGGUCGAGAGGACUGUUCGUCGUCUCCUCACAAAUUGACUAUUUGUUUGCAGAAUGGCGGCCGUUUCGGAGCCAAACUCGUCGAAUCGGUUCUUUUGUCACCGAUGUAAUGUGGAAAUCGCUCGCGUCCUUCCCGGUUUCAAAUGUCCAAGAUGUAACAGUGGCUUUAUUGAGGAAAUGGAACUCCCAACACAGCAAUCUUUCAGCGAUGAAUCUAGUGAUGAAGGUGAUGCUGAAAUGGUCACAUCUAUAGGAGAACUCCUCAGCCAAAGUCUAUUUGGUAGUUUACGUGAUGCAACAGUACCACAAGCAGCAAAUAAUGGCGAAAGAGAAGAUGAAGAACCUUCAUCCACAUCUUCAGGCGCUGGAAAUGGAACAGCGACUCGACGAAGACGACAGCCUGUAACUUUUAAUCUUCCCGUUCGGUCAACUCGACGGAGGACUAAUAGUGAUCGCCAAAUGGCUCCUUUGGAAACUAUUAUUCAAGAAUUCAUUAUAAAUCUAUCAGGAUUCGAUUUUGAUCCGGCGGUGUUGCAGGCUCAAGGCUCACCCAUGUUCAUGUAUGGCAAUCCAGGUGAUUAUGCCUUUGGCCGGGCAGGCCUAGAUGCUAUCAUAACUCAGUUGCUGAACCAAAUGGAUGGCACAGGUCCGCCUCCAAUGGCUAAAGAUAAGAUUUCUCAGAUCCCUACUGUAGCGAUCGAUCAGCAACAAGUCGAACAAAAUUUGCAGUGUUCAGUUUGUUGGGAAGACUUCAAACUUGCUGAACCAGUCCGAAAAUUAGUGUGUGAGCACUAUUACCACACACAGUGUAUCGUGCCAUGGCUUCAGUUACACGGGACCUGCCCGAUUUGUAGGAAGGCUCUCAACGAUGAUUCGGUUGAUGCGGAGAGUGAAAGUGCUUCUGCCGCAGGGCCAAGUACGUCAUCCAGCAGUAGUAGUAGCGCCAACAGUUCAAGCGGAAUUUCGUGGCUCAAUAGUACCAGAGAUGGCCAAACAGGAGGUCCGAGAUCUGUAAUUUCUUCCUUGAUUGGGUCGAUCACCAAUGCGCUUAGUGGGGGAUCGUCUUCUUCGACAAGUUCAGCGUCUCCAUCAUACCAAUCAUCCUCUCCUUCGUUUGCCUCCUCGUCUCAACAGCAGCCAGGGCGCGAGAAUUCAAGUAAUCCUUUCAGCUCUUUUGCUCCAUCGCAUUCUUACAACUUGCGCAGCAGCAGAGAACGACCUGGAGGUCAAGAAAGCACCGAAGAAGAUGAAGAUUCCAGCAACGGUGCAAGUGCUCAGCAGAGACCUACACAGCGUUUCGCUGGCAGAGGCCGUGGACGAUCCCAUCACUUUGAAGAUGAUUAUGACUAAAGAAUUAAUGGGAAAAGGCAAAAGAAAAAACAAUCCUACAAAGAAAUAACAAGACCAUAGCUCCUCUCUACCCAUAUUCCCUUCAUUUUUUCUACCUUCUGGAUAAACUCGCACUCUGCACGGCAAAGAAAUUUCGCAAUCGUCAUGAUAGUGACUCCAGCACCCGAGAUAUUGUAAAAAGAGACUAACGAUUGGAUGUGUCAUACGUGUAGGAGCACUUGAUAAGCAACAGGAGGUUCCAGUUGAGUAGUGAAAAAUAAUGAAAGAAAAAAAAACAACAACAAACAUUUUGUCUUUUCCAGUUGUGCCCCUAUUAACAUGGCGCUUCCGGAUUGUUUAUUUUUUUCCCCUUCCCUUUUUGAUUAUGCGCCUUUUCAUCCCAUAAAAGUUUGUCAAAAUUGCGAGGAACCUAGUUUUUUUUUUCCUUUGAAUUAACCCAGUCACAAAAUUAUUUGACGUGGCCCGAUGUAAAAUGUGUAACUUUUUUUUAUUAGUGGUGAAAUUAAGUGUCGUUUUCCCUUUACUUAUUCUUUUCUUUUGCAAGUAGUCGACUUGCCGUGAGGGGAAAACUGGAUACAGUUGAUCCACUCUCCCAUUUCUAUUAAGUAACUUAGAAAGCAAACUACCAAAUGGAUAUAAAAAGGAAUUGGUCGACUCGAGUGGGGCAACAAAUCAAGAAAAAGGAAUCAUGCGCAGAACUCCGCGAUUUCUGUUUAAUUUUUUUAUGUAAUUCCUUCCGUUUCCUUGUUGAAAUUGAUCAGAAAAAACAAAAAUAAAUUAUCGAGUUUUGUCAGUC